CUGCCGGCCGGGCCGCGGCGCACGCUGCUCCGCCACGUCCUGGUGAGCGAUCGCUACCGCUUCCUGUACUGCUACGUGCCCAAGGUGGCCUGCUCCAACUGGAAGCGCGUGCUGAAGGUGCUGGCGGGCGCGCUGGGCAGCGUGGACGCGCGCCUCAAGAUGGACCACCGCGCCGACCUGGUGUUCCUGGCCGACCUGCGGCCCGACCAGAUCCGCCACCGCCUGCGCCACUACUUCAAGUUCCUGUUCGUGCGCGACCCCGCCGAGCGCCUGCUGUCCGCCUACCGCAACAAGUUCGGCGAGAUCCCCGAGUACCAGCGCCGCUACGGGGCGGAGAUCGUGCGCCGCUACCGGCCGGGCGCCGGGCCCGACCCCGCGGGCGACGACGUCACCUUCCCCGAGUUCCUGCGCUACCUGGCGGACGAGGACCCCGAGCGCAUGAACGAGCACUGGAUGCCCGUCUACCACCUGUGCCAGCCCUGCGCCGUGCGCUACGACUUCGUGGGCUCCUACGAGCGCCUGGAGGCCGACGCCAACCACGUGCUGGAGCGCGUGCGGGCGCCGCCCCACGUGCGCUUCCCCGCGCGCCAGGCCUGGUACCGGCCCGCCAGCCCCGAGAGCCUGCACUACCACCUGUGCAGCGCCCCGCGCGCCCUGCUGCACGACGUGCUGCCCAAGUACAUCCUGGACUUCUCGCUCUUCGCCUACCCGCUGCCCAAUGUCACCCGGGAGGCCUGCCGCCAGUGACCACCACCACGGCUGGGGUUGGGGAAGGGA